AUGGCUACUUUGAGUGAGAAGCCUGGUGAGCGCUUCCGACUCCCCGAUUGGCACAUUAACCGCCAGCUGCUUUCCUCUAAUGCCGAGAGGCAGCGAGAUGCCUCCCACAUAAUCAGACAAGAGGCCCGAAUUCUCCGAAAUGAUACCAACAAUCAGACCAUAUGGGAUGAACGCGACAACCAGACCCGCCUAUCAGAGCACAUAGACUCUGUCGACCGUUGGAAGGAGAUAUUAGACAAAAGUCUGUCUGACAUGGAUGCCGAGAUCGAUAACCUGACACAGACGAAGGAGGCGGCGGAGAGGGCCCUGCAGGGCAAGAACCUCCCUCUAGAUGUGACUAUUGAGUGCCUAACACUGAGGGAAAGCCGGCGAGACAUUGAUGUGGUGAAGGAUUCUGUGGAGGAAGAGCUGCACAAGGAAGUAGAGGUGAUUGAUUCUGCCAAGCAAGCCCUGCAGCAGAGGGUCAGAGAGGCCUUUGAGCAGCUCUGCCUUCUUCAGGAGGCACGGCAGCAACUGAACUGUGACCAUCGAUCUAAGAUGGAGGCACUAGAGAUUGAUCGCACCUGCCUCUCACUCACUGUUAACUCCCCCAAUAUCUCUCUGAAAGUUAACCCUACCCGCAUCCCCAAUGGGUGCUGCACAAUACAGCAGUGGGAUGAAUAUAGUCAUUACAAUAAGGACCGAGCAGAGGCUGAAGCAAAGUCUUCCACGGAUCUACGGGAGGCCAUAGCCCUCACCAUUACUGAGACCAACAAUGAACUGGAAGCCCAGCGUGUGGCCACCGAGUUUGCCUUCAGAAAGUGGAUGAGGGAACUAGAGAAGGCCCUGAGUGAACUCAGGUGGCAGGAGAAAAAUACCCUGGAAGAGAUUGCAGAUUUGGAAGAAGACAUAAGGCGCCUGGAGGAGGACCUACAUAUAAAGAUGAGGAACCUGAAGCUGGCACACACCCGGCUGGAGACUCGAACCUGCAGGCCCAGUAUGGAGCUGUGCAGGGACCAGGUACAAUAUGGACUCACCGAUGAAGUGCACCAGCUGGAAGCUACCAUUGCUGCCCUGAAGCAGAAGCUGGCCCAGACACAGGCUACCCUAGAUGCCCUUUACAAGCAUCUGGCCCGGAUCCAGUCUGACAUUGCCUGCAAGUCCAACUCCUUGAUGCUAGACACCAAGUGCAUGGACAUCCGCCGCAAGCUGACGGUGCCAGCUGAGAAGUAUGUGCCGGAGGUGGACACCUUUAACCGAACAAGCAACCGCACUCUGUCCCCACUCAAGGGCCGACAGCUGGAGCUGGCAUAG